AUGCAUCUCCGGUCCGGACUACUCACCUUCAUUGAUUCGCUAUAUUCCGGGGUCACUGGGGCAGACGCGCGCUCAACAUGGAGGCACCAGUAUCAGCUCCUCCAGGGAGCGCAACCCCAAAAGACCAAGCGAAUACUUACAUGGACGGGGCUAGUGGCAGGCGCCAUUAUGACCCUGUGGUUUCUCGCUUCGUACAAUAGCCAUGGUGCGCUGGACAAGCGUUCCUGCGAGCAUCCCGUUGUGCGCCUGGUAUCCGAUGCCCAGAGGGCGUUCAAUGAGACCAUGCAACGCCAAUCCACAACAUUGGAGGAGGCAGUGGCGGAGUAUCAUCGGCGGUAUAAUAUGCCACCACCUCCACACUUUGAUGAAUGGUAUGCUUUUGCGACAGCACGGAACACCGUGCUGAUCGAUGAAUUCGACACGAUCUACCAUGCCCUCCAGCCAUUCUGGGGACUCCAACCCAGCACGAUUCGUUCGCGCGUGAGAGAGGAUCUGGGGUACAACAAUUUCGUGAUGGGCGCUGCCGUUCGGGACGGCCGGGUCAUGCAUUUGGGCAAUGGCGGCCAGCAAGAAUUCCAGAAAGAUGCCACCAUCAAAAUCCUGGAGAAAUUUGCUCAAUGGCUGCCCGACAUGCUGCUGGAAUUCAAUGUCCACGAUGAGCCUCGAGUGGCGGUCCCACAUGAGGAGCUACACAGGCUAAUCACCAAGGGCUAUGAGACGCAAGCUCGGUUGGACCACCACGCACUGGUGAAUGGAUUCUCGAAGGGUGACGCUCAUGAUCCUCUCCCACCAGAGGAAACAUACACAACGAGAUUCAAUGAUAUCCAGCGCCAGGAGACCUGGCUUUUCUCUCGGCUUUCGUGUCCGCCAGACACGCCGGCCAGGUCGCUCGACGGCAACGCACCCGAUAACUCGAGUGCGUUUGCUCUCGAGCCUCUGGGUUUCAUCUUCAACCAGACUGCCGCGAGUGAUAUGUGUAAUAGUCCAUCGCUCCGGCAUCGCCUGGGAGUCUUCUACCGGCCAAAUUCUUUCAAGGUGACCAACGAGCUCACGCCAGUAUUCUCCAUGUCGCACCCGUCCUCAUUCCAGGACAUUGCAUACCCUUCGCCGUUCUACUACGAAGGCGUGUCGCAGUACGAUGAAAACACCGCAGUCGAGUGGGAGAACAAGAAGCCACAGCUCUACUGGCGCGGUGGGACCACCGGCGGGCAUAGCAUAGGCGGCGCGUGGCAGAACUUCCAGCGUCAGCGGAUUAUCGGGAAUCUCACCCAUCCGCAGUCCCCUCAGUACCUUUUACAGCGGAAGAACGUGUGUCGACCUGGUCGCACCGAAGGGUGGGAGGUACAACAGGCCAAUCAGACACAACUCGAUGGACUUUUUGACGCCCAUUUCGUCGAGAUUAAAGACUGUGACGAGGAUUGCCCUGCAGAGGAACAGUUCUUUGACGAUAUUCGCGAGCCAGACCCACGCGAAGAAGCGUGGAAGUAUCGGUAUCUUUUAGAUAUGGAUGGCCAUGCAUACAGUGGAAGAUUCUACGCAUUUAUGCGUAGCAAGAGCGUCCCCUUCAAGCUGACUUUCUUCCGAGAGUGGCAUGAGGACAUCUUAAUCCCUUGGGUCCAUUAUGUGCCGAUCAACAAAGAUGGAACGGAGAUCCCUGAGUUGAUACGGUUCUUCGAGCAGGAUCCUACGGGCCAGCAGAUUGCUCGCGCGAUCGGACAAGACGGCCAGGAUUGGGCUGCGAGGACGAUCAGGAACGAUGACAUCGACGUCUACAUGUUCCGGCUUUACCUGGAGUGA